GCCGCUUCAGGCGCGCUUAUAAGAGCUGCUGCCCUAAUGAGAAACAAAUUGCAAUUUACUUACCUAUAGUCAAAUUUUUAAUUUUUCAAAAUAUAUUUCAAAGAUGGUCAAGUUAACUCCGGAUCUCAUUCAACAGUCUAUGCAGUACAUCAAUCCUGUAAGAGAUCGUGAGUUAGAUCUCCGAGGGUACAAAAUACCAACUAUAGAAAAUUUAGGAGCGACACUGGAUCAGUUUGACACGAUAGAUUUUUCAGACAACGAUGUCAGAAAACUAGAUGGGUUUCCGUUAUUGAAGCGUAUCAAGACAUUGUUUUUCAAUAACAACAGAAUAAUCAGAAUAGCCGAAGGCUUAGAGAACUGUAUACCAAAUUUGGAAACCCUGGUGCUCACGGGUAACAUGAUUCAGGAACUUGGCGAUCUCGAACCAUUAGUUAACCUGCAGAAACUUUCUACUCUGUGUUUGUUACAAAAUCCGGUAUCUGCUAAACCUUACUACAGACAAUACCUUGUCUUCAAACUACCACAAUUGAAAUUGCNUAAUAAUAAUAAUAGUAGUACUAAUAGAAAACUAAAGAAUGCUUACAUGCAAAAAAUAUCUUUUAUACUAUAG